AAGUCUACUAAAUACACUCGGUUAAGUUUUCCCUCCUCUCACUUUCUGACUCCGAGUGCUAAAGACUCGGGACGAAGAGUGAAAGAGGGAGAGAGAGUAGAGACGAUGAAGCACAUUUUCAAGAAGCUUCACUUUGGUGGUAAUCACGACCCCAAUCGAUCGAACGAAAUCCCUGCGCCAUCUUUAUCUUCUUCUUGUGCAUCUGAUAACCGUCAAAAUUCCGGCCAAAAUUCUGGUCAAUCUCCGGCGAGUCCGUCUUCUUUGUCGUCGUCGUCUUCACCUGCUCCAGCAAGUACUGUUAGUGCGCCUAGUGCGCUUACUUCGGUCUCAAUCGAUCGACAGGAUUAUUUUUCCUCCGAAGAAGAAUUCCAGGUUCAAUUAGCCCUAGCGAUCAGUGCAUCCAACUCGGAUUUCCGUGAUGAUCCUGAUAAUGAUCAGAUCCGUGCGGCGACUUUGUUGAGCUUGGGACGUCUUCGAAUUGAUUCAGCAAGAGAAGUGGAUGAAGCUGCUGAAUCGUUGUCGCGUCGGUAUUGGGACUAUAAUGUGCUUGACUAUGAAGAGAAAGUGGUGGAUGGUUUCUAUGAUGUAUUUGGGUUAACAAGUGGUCCUUCAAGCCAAGGAAAAAUCCCUUCACUUGCAGAUCUUCAAACAAAUGUUGGGGAUCCUGGUUUUGAAGUUGUUAUAAUCAAUCGGGCACUUGAUCCUGCGCUUGAAGAGUUGAAGCAAGUUGCACAUUGUAUUGCAUUAGAUUGUCCUACUCCUGAUGUUGGUCUUUUGGUACAGAGGCUUGCCGAUCUUGUUACAGAGCACAUGGGUGGGCCAGUCAAGGAUGCUAAUAUCAUGCUGGCAAGGUGGAUGGAAAGAAGUACAGAGUUACGGACUUCUCUUCAAACCAGUGUGUUGCCCAUUGGGUCUUUAAACAUUGGUCUAUCACGUCACCGUGCUUUGCUUUUCAAGGUACUAGCAGAUAACAUUGGGGUUCCUUGCAGACUGGUUAAAGGAAGUCAUUACACUGGCAUUGAGGAUGAUGCUGUCAACAUAAUUAAGUUGGAGAAUGAUAGGGAAUUUUUGGUUGAUCUGAUGGCAGCUCCUGGGACACUUAUACCAGCUGAUAUUCUGAGUACAAAAGAUGCUUCCUUCAACUCCUAUAAUCCGAAAUUGAACAAAGCUCCCUCUUUCCGGGCAGCUAAUGAGGUGGGAGUCAGUUACUCAAGGCCAGAGCCAUUACAUGGUGAAUGUAGUGGUGGAAAUGGAAAAUCUAUCCUUGAGAAUAAUACAACCUCAGAUAGAAUUGUAAGUCCUCAAAAAACACAAUUAGUGCCUUCUGUCUCGCCUACUAGCAGUGGAAUGCUGCCCCCACAGAUUGGCAGCAGUUCUGCUGGAAAUUCAAAGAUUUUGCUUUCUGCUAAUCAGUCGCAUAAUCUAUCUUCUUUGGCUGCUGGAAAUUCCUCACAGAAUAAAGGGAAUCAAGAAGGCCUUGUUGUUGGUGAUAGUGUGAAGGAGCAUAUUAACUUAGUGCCUUAUCCUCAAGAUACCAAGGAGGACUCUCAAAACCUUUUUGCAGAUCUUAAUCCUUUUCAAAUAAGAGGAUCCAGCAAAACUUCUGGACAGAAAAUACCACCAGACUAUAAAGUUAAUGAUUUUCAGAGGCAGAAAGAAAACAUUGCCUCAGGUCCUGGGAGACCCCCUUUGCCAUUGAAAUGGAAGAAUCGUUCUACGUGCAAUGAGGUGCCUAGAACAAAACAGUACGAAUUUGUGGAAGGACUCUUUCCAAGGAACAAGCAAGAAGCUCAAGAUUAUAAUGCAUCGUCAUCAGCUUCCCCCAGCUAUGUUACUUCAGAAAAAGUCUAUGCUGAAAUUUCUAAAGUUAACACUUCUGAGGCCUCCACAGUUUCUCAUAUAGCGAGUACAAGUAAAGCUGACAUGAAUACCUCUGGUUGUGGAAAUUCAGUGGUGACAUCGAACACAACUCAAUAUGAUAGAUUGCCUUCUGAUGAGGGUGUCAUUCAAAUGAAUAGACCACUCGCAUCAGUUCAAUCUCUUGAGAAAAAUCUUCAGCAAGAUUAUUGUCGUAAAGAUGGGGCAGUUUUGCAGAAUAGCAUGGUAGACCAGACAAAUGUUCAUGGCAAGAAUAUUGUCGGUAAGCUUGACCGAAGAAAGUGUACUCAUGACAGAUUUAUGAACACUAGCUCAAAAUCGAAGGAUCAGGAAAGUUCAAGUUCAGCAGUAGAUACCAGUCCAAGUAGGCUUGACACAAUGCUAGAUGAUGUAGCAGAAUGUGAAAUCCCGUGGGAAGACCUUGUCAUUGGUGAAAGGAUUGGAUUAGGUUCUUAUGGGGAGGUUUACCAUGCUGAUUGGAAUGGCACAGAGGUAGCUGUGAAAAAGUUUCUGGAUCAGGAUUUCUCUGGCGAUGCUUUGGAAGAGUUCAGAAGUGAGGUGCGAAUUAUGCGCAGGUUGCGUCAUCCAAAUGUUGUUCUUUUCAUGGGUGCCGUCACCCGUCCUCCCCACCUUUCUAUAGUCACAGAGUUUCUUCCAAGGGGAAGCUUAUACCGUAUUCUUCAUCGUCCUAAUUGUCAAAUCGAUGAAAAGCGCAGAAUAAAAAUGGCUCUUGAUGUGGCCAAAGGUAUGAAUUGCUUGCAUGCUAGCACACCAACAGUUGUUCAUCGUGAUCUGAAAUCACCAAAUUUAUUGGUUGACAAGAAUUGGAAUGUCAAGGUUUCUGAUUUUGGACUCUCACGAUUGAAGCACCAUACAUUUUUGUCUUCCAAGUCCACUGCUGGAACGCCGGAGUGGAUGGCGCCUGAAGUUCUCCGCAAUGAACCCUCCAAUGAGAAGUGUGAUGUCUAUAGCUUUGGAAUCAUUCUGUGGGAGCUUGCGACAUUGAGAAUGCCAUGGAGUGGAAUGAACCCAAUGCAGGUGGUAGGUGCAGUGGGAUUUCAGAAUCGCCGACUUGACAUUCCCAAGGAAGUUGAUCCCUUGGUUGCAAGAAUAAUUUGGGAAUGCUGGCAAACUGAUCCGAACUUGCGCCCUUCAUUUGCGCAGCUCACGACAGCUCUCAAGCCCUUGCAGCAGCUUGUCAUCCCUUCACUUUCAGACCAGCAAAGUUCUCUGCCGCAGGAGAUAUCCGUGAACUCUACACCUUAGAAAGAGCUUCAGCUUCCCAACUGUGAAUAAAAAGGAAACAAGCUGUUGCUUUUUUCAGGGGUGAAGGUAAAUAUGAGAAUUAGAAAGUGGGCAUUGGUCCUUGAUAAUAGUUAGAUGAUUGUAUGUGUUUCUGCCACAUGUAAGGCCUCAGUGGCAUUUUUGUACAGGGUGUUGAUGGUUCUAUCUACACACACACACACACACACAAAUGCUUUGUAGAGGGUUACUGGAUUCAUAGUUUUAUAUUGUAAUAUGAAAACAAAUUUCUGAUUGUAUUUCUAAUGAAAUUGAUGAA